AUGAUAAAUGGGCCUAUAGACCCAAUUCGACCAGAAUUUGAACUUUUGAACUCAGCAGGACUUGAGUACCACCGUUGGGUAGUUGAUGCGGAAACCAUCUUUGUGGCAAAAGACUUCACCUCCACUAUCAAGCCAUAUGCCGACGCUGCUCCGACAACUGAGAAAGAAAAAGCUCAUACUCUUAUGUUCCUUAAGAGACAUAUCGAUCCUAACCUACGAUGGGGUUAUCAUCACUUGAAAACGCCAAAAGAGCUAUGGGAUGCUCUAGAUAACCGUUUUGGAAACAUUCAUGAUUCCUUAAUACCACAAUUGAACGUCUUGUGGAACGAAAUCCGCUUCCUCGAUUAUGUAAAAGUGAAUGAUUUCCAAAAAGACAUGCUGCAAAUUCAGGAACGUAUGGACUUUUGUGGAAAGAAACUUACUGAUGAGGAAAUGAUUCAGAAAACCCUAUCGACCUUUCCCACCUCUUCCAUGAUACUAGCGAACCAGUAUCGUUUAGAGGUCGAUAAUAAAAGAAUCACCACAUUCAGUAGGUUGAUAAACCUACUGCAAGUGGCCGAAAGGCACAAUGAGAUUCUUAUCAAUAACAAUGCCAGAGCUGCCGGGAAAAAGAAAGUUCCCGAAGCUAACCAUGGCAAGGUCAAUAAGGCAAAGAACCCCAAAGGAAAGAGGGCUUGA